AUGGCAGACCCGCUCCGGGUCAGCGCCCGCCCACCCCAUUCCACACCCCCGCCUGGAGGCGGCAGCGAAGACCUCCUGGCCCCUGCUGGCGUCACCGCCUCGCCGGCCAAUCCGCUCCGAGGUGGCGGGGCGAGUGGGGCUGCAGGGAGCGCCCAUAUUCACCCGGAGUGCAGCCUCCGCAUCGCAGGCAUGAGCGCGGCCGAGCCCCCGCUCGCGGCCGAGGCUCUCGAGCCCCCCGGGGCUCUCCGCGCGCUGCUCUUGGCCACCGGCGGCGCGGGGGGCUCCUGGCCGCGCUGCGUCCUGCCGUUCGGCGCCGUAGCUCUGCUGGCGGGCGCCGCCGCCACGGCCAUCACCUUCUCGCUGCGCGGACCCCGCCUGGACCUGGCCCAGGGCUCGGCGCUGGCGGCGCUCGGCGCGGGCCUCGGGCUCCUGUCCGCAGCCUUCCUGUGCUGGCGCGCGCGGCGGCGGCGGCGGCAGAGGGCCGGGCGCGGGGGGCGGCGAGAGCCGGGGACGCCCUGA